AAUAGCUUUUGGCAGUCCAGUCCAGUCAGUAGAGGAGCAUCAAGCACAGACUUACUUGCACACUGCUGGAAGGAUCUAUUACAUUGAAAAAAUUAGGAGAAGGCACAGUGUGACCAGACUGCUGCCUGAAAGGGAACAGAGCUGACAGCACUGAGGACUGUGGACAGAGCCUCCUGAAUCAGCAGAGCUCAAGAGGAAGCCAAGAUGUGGAAGAAGUCGAAGGUGACCGAUCAAACUGCCGCUGGGCAGGCGGGGAUCAAGAAGAAGUCGAAGGUCCCCGGGGUGAUGAUUACGCAGUUUAUCGAGGAACUUCCAGAGGACAUGUCAACCCCUGAUUUCACACGCAAACCGAUUGCUCUGACUAUUCAAGAGGGUAAAUUCGCCGUCUUUAAAGCCAUUGUAGUGGGCAACCCAACACCUACUGUGACAUGGAGCAGAGCAAACGGAGAAAUUCAUUUUCAUCCUGACAUGUGCCAGCAAAAGUAUGACGAUACUUCCCGCGAGCAUACCAUUGAGUUUCCUAAGGUGGCUCCUGAGGAUGCUGACACCUACAAGUGCUUUGCAACCAAUGAGUAUGGAAGGGCUGUUUGCACUGUAGUCUUGAAUGUCAUUGAGGUUGGAUUUUCAAAGACCAAGGAACUUCAAAAGAAACAAGGAGAAGAUGCAACAGACUUCAGAAAAAAACUUAAGAAACGUAACCCUGAUGGAACACGAGAGGAAAAGUCGAUGGAGCCAGAGGAGAAGGUGUGGGAAAUCCUCAUGAGCGCUGAUAAGAAAGACUAUGAGCACAUCUGUUGUGAAUACGGUGUCACAGACUUUCGCGGUAUGCUGAAGAGACUCAGUGAAAUGAAGAGAGAGAGAGAGGAGGAGAUUGCUGAGUUUGUUACACAAAUCAGUGCCUUAAAGCAUAUCGAGGUGGAUGACGACGACUGUGCAACAAUUGAAUUGGACAUGGACCUCAAGGACCCAACCAGCAAAAUCUUUGUGUACAAGAAUGGUGUCAUGGUUCCAUUUACCGAAGAUGAAGGGGAUGAAUUAAAGCACAGUUUGAAACAAGUUGGCAAGAAAUAUAUCUUUCGAAUUAAAAAAUUGGGUUCAGAAGAUGCCGGACUUUACUCAGUGGAUGUUGGCGGUGUCAAUGUUUUUUCCACAGAUUUCAAAGUACCUGAUGUUGAUUUUGCGGUCAAGAUACAGGAGGUAAAGGCAGAAGAGCGAGAGGAUGCCCUCUUCCAAUGUGUCCUUACUGCACCUAUGAGUGAGGUCAAAUGGUAUGGCAAAAGCGCUCUACUGUCAAAUAGUGAGAAACAUGAAAUCACUGUAUCUGAAGAUAAGCUAAUCCACAAGUUGAUUGUGCGAGACUGUAUGCCUUUAGAUGCAGGUAUCUAUGCUGCUGUGGCAGGAAUCAAAUCCUGCAACAACUGGCUUGUAGUUGAAGCUGACAAAGAUCCAGCCAACAAGGGCAAGAAGGCAGCUCGCAAAACUACUAUGGCUGGAGCCACUAAUGAUGAAGAGCUGGUUAAAAUAGCAAAGGAACAGCAAGAAAGAUAUCGAAAGGAAAUGGAAGAAAAAAUGGAAAUUGCUAAGAAGGCUCAAGCUGAGAGAGAAGCUGCAGACGCAGUUGCCAAAGCAGAGGCUGAAGUUGCUAAAAAGGAAGCGGCUGAGGCUAAAGCUGCUGCAAAGGCUGCUGCAAAGGCUGCUGCAAAGGCAAAGAGGGCAGCAGCCGCUAAAGAUGCAGCUGCAAGAAAAGCUCAGAAAGGUGCUGCUGGUGGUGCUGGCUCAGCUGCAGAUGGUAGCGGUGCUGCUGGAGGCGCAGGUGUUGCUGGAGGAGCUGGUGGUGCUGGAGGUGCUGGUGGUGCUGGAGGCGCUGGUGGUGCAGGGGGAGGUGGAGGUGGAGGUGCAGGUGGAGGUGCUGGUGGAGGUGCUGGUGCAGGUGGGGAAGAAGAUGGAAGUGGAGCUGGAGCUAAAGGAGGAGCUGGGGGCAGAGCUGGUGGCAAAUUAGGGAGCGGUGAAGGUGGUGGUGAAGGAGAAGAUUUUGAUGGGGAAGAGGACUUUGAUUCAUUUGAUGAUUCGGAUUUUGACUCUGAGGAUGAAGAAGGAGAGGAAGGAGAGGGAGGAGAGGGAGGAAAAGGAAGAAAGGGAAGAAAAGGAAGAAAAGGAGGCAAGGGAGGAGAAGGAGGAGAAGACGGAGAGGGUGGAGAAGGAGAGGAAGGAGAAGAGGGCGGAGAAGGAGGUGGAAAAGGAGGAAAACGCAAGAAACGUGUGAGAGAUGGUCCCCUUGUUCCUGAUACAGUUACAGGAGAUAAUAAUGAUGAGGAAACCACAAACGAACAAGGUGAAAGUUCUGGGAAAAAAGGAAAACGUCCCAAAAAGAGAAAUGUGGAGGUUGAAGAAGCUGUUGUUGAAGCCAUUGGUGCCAGUGAUGAUAAUGGCAUCGGGGCAACAGCUGAAAAUGGUGAGGGUGCAGACGGCAGUGAGCCAGCGGCAGCUGGCAGGCGUGCAGGCCGUGCAAGGCAAGGCCCAUUGAUCGAGGAGAAAGUUAGUGACCCAGGAGUUCACUUUCAUGCCGGGCUUUCCGACUGCAAAGCCAUUAAGGGAGAAGCAGCAGAGCUGGAGUGUAAACUGAGCAGUGAAGAAUGUGAAGGUAUCUGGUACAGAGAUGGAGAAGAGAUUAAAUCAGCUGAGGGUAUAACCAUUUCAAAAGAAGGAAGUUUCCACAAGCUGAAAAUUCACAAAGUAACAGAGGAAUUUGCUGGAAAAUAUAAAUUUGAAGCAGAUGGGAGGAAGACAGAAGCCUUGAUUGUUGUUGAAGAUCCACCACGGUUUGAUGCUGAGGAAAUGGAAGCAUUUAAAACCCCUGUAACGGUGAAGAAAGGACACAAAGCUACCUUCAAAUUGUCCUAUAUUGGACAGGAGCCUAUAAAAGUGCAGUGGUACCUUGAGGGUGAAGAGCUUUCAGAUGAGUCGAAUAUCAAGCUGGAGCACUCAGAUGGUUACACCCGUCUCCUUCUUACCAAGCUUCAGCGCAAGGACAGUGGUGAAGUCAAGAUAAAACUGAAAAAUGAGUUUGGCACUACUGAGGUUGUCAGCCAGCUUGUGGUACUUGAUAAGCCUACUCCUCCACUGGGACCUUUGGAGAUUGUUGAAGCCUCCUCCUCUACAAUUGAGUUUAAGUGGAGGCCUCCAAAAGACAAUGGUGGCUGCAAGAUAGACAACUAUUUCCUUGAACGUCAACAAGUCGGCCGCAACACCUGGAAAAAGGUGGGUCCAAUUGGAGCAGAGGCAAAUUACAAAGACUCUGAUGUGGACCAUGGCAGGAGGUACUGCUAUCGCAUCAGAGUGGAGACUGAAAUAGGCACCAGUGAGCUGAUGGAAACAGAGGACAUCCAAGCUGGAACAAAAGCAUACCCUGGACCCCCAUCAGCUCCAAAAGUGGUCACUGCCUUCAAGAACUGCAUCACCCUCUCUUGGUCUCCUCCAGCCAACACUGGAGGAACUAAUAUUCUUGGAUACAACCUUGAGAAACGCAAGAAAGGCAGCAACCUUUGGGGCCAAGUAAAUCCCCUCGAUGACAUGAUCAAAGGUAAAGGAUUUGGAGUUAAAGAUGUGGUUGAAGGCAUGGAGUAUGAAUUCCGUGUGUCAGCAAUCAAUAACUCUGGAGCUGGUGAAUUUAGUACACCGUCUGAGUUUGUGUUUGCAAGAGACCCUAAAAAGCCUCCUGGUAAAGUGAUAGAUUUCAAAGUGACAGAUUCAACCUACACAACUCUAUCCCUUGCUUGGACAAAACCCAAGGACAUUGAGGGGGUCGAGGAUGAAGCCAAGGGAUACUUUGUGGAGAUCAGGCCUGCAGAAAACACCGAAUGGGAUCGCUGCAAUAACAAUGCAAUAACUUUGAAUUUCUACACUGUGAAAGGCUUGAAAUCGAUGGGAAUGUACUGGGUGAGAGCUGUUGCAACUAAUGAUGGAGGACAGGGAGAGCCGCAGCAACUGGAUAACUACAUCCUUGCGAUGCCCCCUCCUGUGAGACCACGUUUCACGGAUGCCAAAAUAAAGAGUUUCAUGGUGGUGAGAGCUGGAAACUCUGCACGAUUCAACAUUAACUUUGUGGCCUCUCCUUGGCCUGAUGUGAUCUGGCUGAAAGAUGGAGGGCCAGUGCACAAAAAGGUGACCAUCAGCAAUACAGAGGGCUCAUCCCAGCUUCUGAUUGCUUCAUCUGAACGCACAGAUACUGGAAUCUACACUAUCAUUGUCAAGAACAUUGUUGGUCAAGAAACAUACAGCAUAGAAAUAAGAGUCACGGAUGAGCCUAAAGCACCAGGCCCUGUGGAUAUUGACGAAAACGUGCCUGGCACAGUGACCGUUUCAUGGACCCCAUCUGCUGAUGAAAAACGUGACGACAGGCUGCAUUACAUGGUCACUAAGCGUGAUUCAAGUAAAAGAACCUGGAACACAGUUGCGGAUCAUAUCUUCAACAAUAAAUUCACAGCCUGCAAUAUAUUGCCGGGUAGAGAAUAUUGGUUCAGAGUCUAUGCUAAGAAUGACAUGGGCUUGUCCAAACCCUCUGAAUCACCCAAGUGGCUCAUAGCGAGCAAAAAGGAAAAAUUCACUUUGAACAUGCCAGAAUCAAAGGUCUGUAAUUUAGAGUGUCCUCCCAAGUUCCUUGUCCCACUGAAAAUGCACACCGCUCCUCAGGGGUAUGAAUGCUACAUGAGCUGUGCCAUAAAAGGAGAUCCCACACCUCAUGUGACAUGGCUCCGCAACGGCAUAAGUCUGAAUACCAACACCAACUACUUCAUCUCCAACACAUGUGGAGUCUGUUCUCUGCUCAUACUGAGGGUUGGCCCUCAAGACAUGGGGGAGUACAAGAUUGUUAUAGAAAACUCCAUGGGGAUGGCAGAGUGCUCUACCAAACUGACAGUCAGAGAAUAAAUGAGCACCCUGGAAACGGCAGAAUUGCUUUCGACCCAAACAGAGUCCAGUCAUUGCUUAUUCACAAUCUGCAUCUUUAGAGUUAGGCAAACCCUCUCAAAUGUCUCUUAAAAGUUUGUUUACUUUUUGAUAAAUGAUUUCCCACUAAGUAAGUCCGAGUAAAACGGACACAUCCAGCCAAACUCAUGUCUUGUUUGUCUUGAUGUAAGCAGUGCAAUCCCAAUAAAAAAUAUGCUCGACACACUGAUGAUAUUUAUUCAUGGCAUAUAAUAAAUGUAAUAUGCAUGUUAAACAGAAAAAAGCACAGUAGUGGAUACUGCUUGGCAUUGAUUCUUUGAAUUUUAAGUUGAGUUUGGUUUUUUAAACAGGUUUGUUUUCAGCUUUUAAGAUGCACGUUUCUAUUCAUUCUUAUAGUGACUUACAUUUAUAUCGUUUUCCUAUUGCGCAUUUGAAAUCCUCCCUUAAAUAAAACUAAGAGAAUAACCUUAUUGACAAGAAAAUGUUGACACAAUCUGCUUGUUUUAGGCUGUUCUCGUGCUAAUGCAUAUACAAUUAAUGUAAAUAAACAAAUCAUUCUUC